AUUGUAGUUCUCGUUGUUGUUCGACAGUAUAAAUUAUUAAAUUGUUGAUUAUCAAUUCGAGUUGGAGCAAUAGAUAACAGAUUUUACAAUGAGAAAGAAUCAAUUUUGCCAGCACAAAGAUGUUUUCGAAAGAAUGAAUUAUUUAUAUCAGGCUAGUCAUCUGAUGGCGUUAAAGAAUCGCAUUAUGGCAUCCUACUUCGGUAACAAUAUGUUGGCUUGUGCCAGGAAAGCGGUAGUACGCAUGGAACCGAAUUUGAAGAGAACUAUAUGCAAAUGUUGUCAAAGUCCACUCACACCCGGGGAGACGGCCAGAGUUAGAUUAGUGUCGAAGCCUGUAAAGAGCGUCAAGUGGACGUGUUUAACUUGCAUGAACUCCAAGAGGUAUCCUAUGAAGAAGGGAUACAAAUUGUGGCUCGAUCAGUCGGAAUCAACGGUCCAGAUGUUAGAUUUUACACCAAAAUCAAAGAACGGAAACUUCGAGAAAUCCGGCUCCGAGGGCAAUUCUGUGAAAGUGAAGGAGUGAACUGAAGAUCAUCCUAGAGAUCCUGCAAAUCGAUCCAGUUUGAAAAACUCCAAUCAAAAUGGAAGCAGAGGAAGCGAAACGAUCUCGAGUCCACUUUUCAUCAAGGAGCGCUCCAGUCCAAGGUAUCUGGUGUACGAAUAUUUUUUAUUAAUGACUUACAUAAAAUAUGUUACAAUAUUACAAUAAAUUUGUAAUUAAUAAAACAGA